CUCACAGAGCAGGUUCCAGGGCAGAUUAGAGCUGAAUGUGUGGAGCAGGGCACAUGCUGGCCCUGGCUGGAGACUGAAGGAAAGCCCAUUCCAUCUCUGCACUGUCGCUGCCAACAACUGCAAAUUACAACCUCAGGUGUGCUUUGUAGGGAGCAUGGCUGUAAGGUGUUUUAGGCGGCACAGAUCAUUGGGCACAGGGUUACUUCUGGUAGUCUUGAUGACCAGCCUGGCGAUGCUGCUGUCCUGCCUGUCUGGACCUAUUCACCAGCGCCACCCACAGGAGAUCUUGGUGCCGCUCUCCUGUGCGCAACACCCACCGGCUGAACAAGAAUCCAACGCCUCCCAGAAUGCCUCGGGGAAGGCGAGAGCCUGCAGGCCGAAGGUAGACAUUAUGUUCCUGAAGACUCACAAGACCGCCAGCAGCACGGUGCUCAACAUCCUGCUCCGCUUCGGGGAGAAGCACGGGCUCAGGAUCGCGCUGCCGCACGGACGCAACGACUUCUUCUACCCCCGGGCGUUCGAGCGCUGGCAGGUGGAGGGCUACCGCCCGGGACUCUGCUUCAACAUCAUCGGCAGCCACAUGCGUUUCAAUGCUGCCGAGGUCGCCCGCCUGCUGCCACCCCAAGCCGCUUACAUCACCAUCCUGCGUGACCCCGCCCGCGUCUUCGAGUCCUCCUUCCACUACUACGGCCGGCUGGUGCCCCUCACCUGGACCAUCCCGGGCCGGGACAAGCUGGCCGAGUUUUUGCGCCAGCCCCGCCGUUACUACCGCCCUGGCGGUUACAACGCCUUCUUCCUGCAUAACCUGCAGCUCUUCGACCUGGGGUACGACCACGCCCUGGGGCCAGAGGACUCCCAGGUGGGGCUCGCCAUCAGCCACAUCGAGCAGCGCUUCCAGCUGGUGCUGCUGGCUGAGCACUUCGAGGAGUCGCUGGUGCUGCUCAGGGACGCCCUCUGCUGGGAGGCGGAGGACCUGCAGUUCUUCAGGCUGAACAUGCGCAAGGAGGCCGCCGUGUCGCCGCUGAGCGCCGAGCAGAGGGAGCGCGCGCGCCAGUGGAACGGCGCGGACUGGCGGCUCUACCGCCACUUCAACGCCAGCUUCUGGGCGCGGGUGGAGGCGUUCGGGCACGCUCGCAUGCGGCGGGAGGUGCAGGAGCUGCGGCAGAGGAACCGGCGCUUGGCGGACGCCUGCAUCGAGGGGGGCUUCGCCGUGGAGCCCACCCGCAUCCGGGACCCGUACAUGCAGCCCUGGCAGCCGGUCGGGGAGCACUCCAUCAUGGGGUACAACCUCCGUCAGGACGUAGACGAGGCUCAGAGACAGCUCUGCCUCCGCAUGCUCACCCCGGAGAUACAAUACCUCUCCCUGCUUGGCGGGGACCUGUGGAUCACGCAGCUCUGGGGGCACAUCCGCCAUCUCAUCAACUGGUAACAGUGCCAGACCGCCCAGGGACUGCUGUGACUGCUGUAUUUGUUUUUGUAACACAUUUAUUUUGUAAUUUGAGUGCUCUGUACAGUACGUGGGUCUGCGUAACUUGGUUGUUUCAUACAGAAUUUCUGUAAAGGAAAAUGAGGUAGAAUUCAAAUGUACUGAAUGUUCCAUGAUCUCAAGAUGCUAAAAUCAAGCACAGAUGCUUGAUGCUGUGAACCACUUAAAAUAAAUAAUGGUGCAUCAUGGACAAACAUACCUGGUUUGCACAGAAUAAUUACAUCAUAAAAAAAGCAGGAACUGUGAUCUUGCUUAAA